AUGGCUUCCGCGGGGCCGUCAGGCAGUUCGGUCAACGAACUGGCCUCUCGACUUUACGACGCCUGCGUCAACCAGUUCCCUUCCGAUCAUCUGUUCUAUCAGCAAGAUCUUUUGGGUCUGAACAUUGUCCCCAAGAAUGACCUCGCCCUUCUCUUGAGCUGCGCCCAGUCACUCGUCAACCAGAAGCUCUUUCGGCUUCUCCAGGGCAAAAAUGACCGCUUAGCCUGGAAGAUUAUUUCGCGGGAUGAUGCUGAAAAACUUCGAGACCUAAGCCCCGACGAGAGUUUAGUCUACAAUGUCAUCCAUUCGACAGGACGAUCCGGUAUCUGGGUCCGCGCAAUUGGCAACCGCACCAACCUCCACAAAUCCAUUCUCGAUCGCUGCCUCAAGUCCCUGGAAACGAAAAGCUACAUCAAAAGCGUUCACAAUGUCAAAUUCCCCAGCCGGAAGAUGUACAUGUUGGCGAACCUCGCCCCAAGUGAGGACGUGACUGGAGGAGCCUGGUUUACCGACGGAGUGUUGGACGAGAACUUCAUCAACAGCGUCGCCGGCUUUAUCGAGUACUCCGUGAGCCGGAAAAGUUGGUACGAGGCCCCCUCCUCGGACGGUCCUCGAAACAAACGCAUGAAGACCGCGGACGGAGGUGUAGCUGUCAAGCAAGAAGGCGCUCCAAAGGAAUACCUCCCCUUCCCAGCCGGGUAUCAGGGCUACCCCACCAUACCUCAAUUAACAGCCGCCGUGAACGAGAGUGGCAUCACACCUGUCCGCCUGGGCGAAGAGAGUAUCACGCAGCUCCUGGAGAUGCUCUGCUACGACAACAAGCUAGUAUCCCUGAACAACGGCGAAUUCUACAAAUCCGUCAAGAACCCCGAACAAGUCAAAUCCCAACAGGCGCGCAAGCCCCGGACCGACGACGCAGGCAUCGACGACAGGCUAGUCAAGAACGGCAUGACCGAAGCACCCUGCGGCAACUGUCCGGUUUUCAAGCUCUGCGCUCCCGGCGGAGCUGUCAGUCCCGAGAGCUGUGAAUACUUUGACCCCUGGCUCGAAAAGGCCCUCGGAUUUUGA